CAGGAGGAGGAGCCCAGAGCCGUCUAGCCCCGCGGAGCCAGGUAUCCUCUUUGGCCGGAAAGAGGUGGCAGUAGCACCUAGUGUAGGUGGCCAUGGGGAAGCGAUACUUCUGUGACUACUGCGACCGCUCCUUCCAGGACAACCUCCAUAACCGAAAGAAACACCUGAAUGGACUGCAGCACCUCAAGGCCAAGAAGGUCUGGUAUGACAUGUUCCGAGAUGCAGCUGCCAUCUUGCAGGAUGAGCAGAAUAAACGGCCCUGCAGGAAGUUUUUACUGACAGGCCAGUGUGACUUUGGCUCCAACUGCAGAUUUUCCCACAUGUCAGAGCGUGACUUGCAGGAGCUGAGUAUCCAGGUGGAAGAGGAGAGGCGGGUCAGGGAGUGGCCACAGGACACUGCCGAGCUCCCCGAAGGCCAUGUGGAGGACUGGCUGGAGAAGAGAGCUAAGCGGCUUAGCUCAGCACCAAGCAGCAGGGUCCAACCCAUCAGAGCCACUGUCUUCCAGUACCCCUUGGGCUGGCCACCAGUUCAGGAGCUACCCCCAUCCCUGAGGGCACCCCCUCCUGGGGGGUGGCCCCUGCAACCCAGAGUCCAGUGGGGCUGAGCCCCUUACUCAGUUCUCUCAUCAGUCACAGUGAAGCCAAGGAGAAGCUGAGCCCCCUUCCUGCUAUGCUCAAGGAGCCUCUGAGACUAUUGGCCUAGGCUCCGGAGGCCCCAGAGCCUCAGUCUCCUCCACCUGUCUACCCUCCCUCAUGUGGUGUCUUGAGAGGAUGGGUGAGAAACCUCCCAGAUGUUCAUAAAGUCCUGUCUGUCA